AUGGCUCAAGACGAAUCACCUCUCAAUAACAUGAAUGGGCAGGCAGUGAAAAAAGCAACCUCGUCCCCCGUGUGGGAUGCAGUCUCGAAGUGGCUGGCAGUCACCAACCCGGAUAUGGAAUACUGGUGGAAGCUGACCGGCCCACAUAUAUCCCAUAUGAUGCAAGCGGCUGGCUAUACCAGCGACGCACAGUAUAACGCGCUACUAUUUCAUUACCAGUGGAUCGUUCCCAAUCUGGGUCCCGCGCCCAUACAUGGUAGUCGGCCGCAAUGGAAGUCUUUACUCGGCAACGAGGGCUCGCCGAUCGAGUACUCCUGGGAGUGGAACACGGCCACAGGCAGGCCUGAAGUCCGUUCCCGGAUUGAGGUUAUUGGCCCAUACGCCGGGCGCCCUUUAGACCCUCUCAAUCAGGUCGGGUCCCUGGAACUGCUGCAUCGACUCCAAGAGGCCGUACCGACAGUCGAUCUGACCUACACAAAUCAUUUCCUUGCGACGCUUUUUGACCACGACCGUGGCAAGUAUGCACAGGAAGCCGCCAAUGGCGUCAGGUUUACCAGUACCGUCUUUUUAGCCCCCGAAUGGCCGUGGCGUGGAAGCGGUUUCAAUAUCAAGACUUAUUUCCUGCCUCGUAUGGUGGGCGGGACUGUCAACGCUAAAGGUCUCACGCUCACGCAGUGGGAGGAUUCACUUAAGCAGAUAGACCCCACCAAUGAGGCACGUCAAGCCAUGUUCGAUUUCCUCGCCAACGACCCAGAAGGGCAAUAUCUUGUUCCCUAUAUGCUAGCUGUGGACAACGUAAAGCCAUCAAGAUCCUGCCUCCGGCUGUACUUCAUUGCAUCGCACAGCAGCUUUGCAUCUGUGCGCCGCAUCAUGAGCCUGGGUGGCAGGAUGCAAGUUCCUGAACCGCAUCUCCAAGAGCUGCGUGCGCUCAUCUGUGCCGUCUCGGGUCUGGAUCCGAAUUUUCCUGAAUAUCAAGAAACUCCAUUCAUCACGAACAGCCACUACAACACGGCGACGAAGGACAACUUCCGCGACCUACCAGAGAUUCUCCAUAGCUAUAUUUACUCUUUCGAUAUCGCACCGGGCAAAACCGUGCCGGAUGUCGAAUUCUAUACCCCUGUUCGGGGCUAUGGCCCUGACGACUGCAGCUUGGCAGCGAAUUUGAUAAAUUGGAUGGAGGAACGUGGCCGUGGGAAGUAUGCAGAGGAGUACCUUGGUAUGCUGGAGUAUCUGAGCCAGGAUGGUAGGCUGAAAUACGGCAAGGGUGCCCAAACUUAUAUCAGUGCUCUCAUUAAGCACGAUGGGGAGUUGGAUGUUACCUCAUAUCUUGGGCCUACGGUGGCGGAUACUUCGCAGGGGAUACCACGCCGCAGGAGA